AGUUUAAGUUAUAUAUUUUACAAACUACAUAGUGAAGGUAUGUCGAGUAACGAGUCUGAUAGUUGCGUAAAUUCGUCAGAAAGCUCGAGUAAGAUUGACACAAGGUCUGAUGGCGAUACAAGUACUUCGGGAUCAGAAUACCAUGUUGUGGCAUCGCAUAAUUUUGCCUAUGACGAUGAACCUCUGGCAGAACCAGGCCAAGAUGUAGAUAUUAUCCCUUACAACGCAGACGGAAUACCACCAUCAGUACUGGAAGAGAGAAGCGACGGCAGAAUACCUCUAAAUCAGUGGUAAGUAUAUGCCUUGUUGACAUUUGAGUGAUUUGAUUGCAUGCAUGCGAAUUCCUGAUGUUCUCAAUUGUGAUUCAGUAAUGCAUAUCGUAUAAUAACGAGCCACUUAGGAGCUUGUUCAAAACAUUUGUGCGGUGAACAAGGCAAUGGGUUUGUUGGAUAUUCCUAGUGCACAUAUUUAUAUUUGUGAAUCAGUAUCGCCUUUCUAGACUUUCCACUAGUUGUACCAAUGGCAAUGGCAAUGACAGAACAUUGUCUUUGAUCAAACUUUAUAUAUAGGUUGAAUGUUUAAUGUAAAGUCACUGUGUGUAUUUACUAUUUUGCAAUAUCUGUAUGAUUUGUAUACUAUAUUACAGCUGGAAAAUAUAUACAAGUUUAACUAAUUUUGAUAGGUGCAGUUGCCAAUGUUGCCAGACAGAAUUGCUGGAGGGAGUUGUGGAAUAUCGGUGUUGUAAAGAAAUGACACCAGCCUUACAAAUAAUGACAUUCGAUGGAAGCAUUGAACGAAUUAGCUGCAUCACACAACAUGAGGAUUUCGGGCCAAUGACACACAGGGCUGUGCUUGAAAAUGUUGGACCACUACUCAAAGACAGAAAUGGUCGUUCCUAUCGAAGACGUACAUCACAAUCUUUGAACCAGUAA